AUGCACGACAGCCGGCCAAGCUUUCCACUGGAUCCAGAGCCACCACAUCGAGGCAGCGGCUCUCGCCGCUGCCGAAACACGCAGACAUUUUCCGGCGACAGCCGCCAUCUGGGACAGAUAUACCAGACUCUGCCUUGGCUCGACAGCGAUCCAAAACCGCCCGACCCAUGCGAGAGGGACGGCACGGUGUGGCUGGCACGCCAGAGGCUGGCCGGCGGCGCGGCAGGGAACCCCGCUGUGGCGCACCGAUAUAAUGUGGUUUCGAUGUGUGCCGAGUCGGCGCGGUGCGGUCGACACCUGGUCCUGGGCAUCCUGCCCGCGCGGCACGUAUGCGGUUGCGAGCCCAAGCGCAACCGGGUUGUCGAGAGAGCGGCAUACAACGCGCUGGUGAAGUGCCCGUCAGCUGUCCUUUUCCACUGGGAAUCCGAGCUCGAGCCUGCAGGCGGCGGCAAGGUCCGGCAUGCAAAGGGAACUCCAGCAUACACACGCGAGCCGGCUCCUCGGGAUGUUACGGCGGGCCUGCUGGCGGCGUCGUGGGUCUGGUCGGCCCCUGAAUCCCAAGGACCGAGAGCACCUCCAGCUUACCUCGUCGUUUUGGAUCCCGACCAAGCACAAAGCCCAUGCUCUCGUCACUUUCAUGCGCUAGCCGCACGCGCUCCAACUCUUCGUCUGGGGAGGUCGCCUCGUUGCAGCGGCCCGUCGUCGCAGCGAAAGUGCGAGCGCCGCCCGCCUAGGGGGAGCCACGGACAGCGGCUGCGUUUUGUGCUAGCAAUCGUCGAAGAGGACGGGCCGGGUGGCGAAAAAGACAAGAAGAAAAAGGAAAAAUGGUUGCUGCCAACCACCGCCAUUCCAAAUAGCGGACAGACUUGGUUCGGAUAG